AGCCACAACCCAGAAAACUCAUCAUCAAUCACAAACAAACCCAUUUUUCCUUUUACAUUGGUUUUGGUUUAUGAUCCUGGAUUUUCCCAGCAAACCAAGAUUCAAGUUUUGCUUCUUGAUCAAGUUCUUCAAUUAUUCAACUUCUUUAGUGGCAAACAAUUUUGGCAUCACAUGAACCACCUUCUAUAGUACUCUAUCUAUACACAUCAAGAACAAAAUGGGAGAUUGGGAGCAAAAGAACCAUUUGAUAAAUGAGCUUGCAGAAGGAAGAGAGCUGGCAAAGCAACUUCAGAGCUAUUUGAAUCUGCCAUUUUCGCCUAAUGAAACUCAAGAAGUUUUAGUUCAGAGGAUUAUAGCUUCGUAUGAGAAGGCGCUUUCUAUGCUGAACUGCAGUGUUGGUACCUCAUCACCUCCUUCUCUAAAUGGAAGUCCCCGGAGCGAUCAAGACUCCGAUCCCGAGCACCGGAAUACCAGAAAGAGCAUGCCAAAAUGGACUAAACAAGUGAGAGUUGGCCCAGGAAUGGGAAUAGAAGGGCCUCUGGAGGAUGGUUUCAGCUGGAGAAAAUAUGGCCAGAAAGAUAUUCUUGGAGCCAAACAUCCAAGAGGAUACUACAGAUGCACUCAUCGACACGGCCGAGGUUGUCUAGCCACAAAACAAGUGCAAAGAUCAGAUGAAGACCCCACAAUCCUUGAUGUUUCCUACAAAGGAAGCCACACUUGCAAUAAUUCAUCAUCAUUAGCAGCAGCAGCACCACCACCACCAGCAGCUGAUCAAACUCAUCAACAACCAACUCAACAAAACCAGUCGGAAGAACAGCUUCUCAUGAACUACUUCCGGACAGGCCUCAAAGUCCUAACAGAUGACUUACACACUAAUCAUCAAGACAACACAGUAAUCCCUUCAUUCCACUACCCUUCUUCCUCCAAUAUCCAAAACUGGCAAAACAAUCUGGCUGAGAAUUUCACACCUCCAUUUCUGUCUCCUGCAACAUCUGGGACCAGCUAUUUCUCUGCGUCUCCAAGUGGGUUUAAUAGUUACCAGAAUUUUCAGAGUGAUCAGUUGACAGAGAUAAUCUCCUCAUCGGCUGCAACUUCAGGUACUAAUUCUCCCACAAUUGGUAAUUUGGAUUUCCAAUUUGGGAAUGCUCAUGAGUUUGAUCCCCACUUCACAUUUGACAAUCCUGGAUUCUUUUCCUAAUUCAAUCCAAAGUAUGUGGAAGUGAAUAAAUUGUAACAAAAAAAAAAUCAUUGUUUCAGAUGGUUAAAUUAGUAGUUUGAACCUCUUAAUGCAUGUUCGUUGGGGGUCACACAUUCUAACAUCCAUUCUGACGCGAUUUAACGUUAUUUCUGCACUAAGUGUUUGGAAGAAAUUAAGUUUUGAUCGAUCUUGUUAACAUUCAAGAAUUUCUCCCUGUUAAUCAUAGCAAUUGUAUUAAUGUGAGGUCGAAUCUUUAAUUACAAAUUCCAGUUCUACGACAA